AUGCUGAAGACAUCGGUUGACCCCAAAGUGAGGGAGGUUUUCGAGUACAGAGAAAACACCAACAGAGACAAGAAGAGAUGGGACUACACCAAGGAGCUGACUAAUAGGGAGAGAGACCUCUACUUCAAAGAACUGAUUGGCUACGUGCAGACCAGGGAAGGAGCCGGUAUUGGAUUCGGUGAUCAGAGGAGGAAGAAGAACAAAAAGGAGCAACUGGUGGAGAUAAUUAAGUCUCUGAAAGAAGAGGAGCUCCUUCAAACUCUCUACGAUAAGAGAGUCCAAGGAAAGUUUCUAACCUGGGAGAACACCAUGCAGCUAGACACUGGCUGGCAAAGCCUGCUGUAUACCUUGAGCCCCGAGCUGACAAAGUUCCACCUAAAUGCCAUCCACGACGUUGCAAGUACACCUAGCAACCUCCAGCUUUGGAACUACAGCUCCACGAACAACUGUCCCCUUUGUGGGCGUCAGCAGUGCAACCUAAAGCACAUUCUAACGUGUUGCCCAGUGUCGCUUAAACAAGGAAGGUAUACUUGGAGACAUGAUCAGGUGCUCAGGGUAAUCGUGCAACCAAUUGCAGAGAAGCUGAGGGAGAUAAACAGUGCUACCCCAAAGACAGAAGUAAAGAGAGAGUGGAGGAAGUUCGUAUCCGGAAAAGGAACCUACAGGAAACCCGAAGUACGGCUUACAGAAGAACCUCAUCUUCUAGAGGAAGGUAACGACUGGAAACUAGUGUUUGAUGAGGACGAAAGGACAAGACAAUUCCCCCAACAUAUUGUCAACACAGCUCUCAGACCUGAUGUGGUAAUAUACUCUAACACACUCAGGAAAGUCAUCCUGAUAGAGCUGACCUGUGGAAACGAGGAGAACUUUGAGGACCAGAGAUCCCGGAAAGAGAAGAGAUACGAAGAGCUAAUGGUGGAGAUCGAGACCGCAGGCUGGGAAGGAUAUCUCUUUACAGUAGAAGUUGGAUGUCGUGGAUUCUACCACCACACAUUACCCCGAAUUUUCAACUUCCUUAACAUCACCCGGGCAAAGAAGAAGAGGGCACUUAACACAACAGCGGUGGUGUCCCUGAAAGGUUCCUACACUAUCUGGCUUAGUCGCUACAACAAGACCUGGAGUGACAACUGGCAGCUGGCUGAAAGACCCUGCCCAGUUUAA